CUCGCUGCAGCAGCGGGUGGAGCUGAGGAGCAUCGAGACAGCAGCGCCGCAACUCGGGAUUAUCGUUCUUGGGAUUUGCUUUCCCUCCGCGGAGCCCGCGGCCCCUGGGUAUCCGCCCCGGAUUACAAUUGCACCAUGACCCUGGAGGAGCUGGUGCCUUGCGAUAGCAGCAAAAUGCAGGCGGUGAGCGAGGCGGUGGAGCGGGUGCUGGUGGCGGCGCAGCGGCAGGACCGGCUCACGGUGGGGGUCUACGAGUCUGCCAAGCUGAUGAACGUGGACCCUGACAGUGUGGUGCUGUGUGUGCUGGCCACCGAUGAGGAGGAUGAAGGUGACAUCGCCCUGCAGAUCCACUUCACCCUCAUCCAGGCUUUCUGCUGCGACAACGACAUCCACAUCCUGCGCGUCUCGGGCAUGCAGCGCCUGGCCACUAUCCUGGGCGAGCCCGAGCCAGGCGCCGAGUCCCGUGACCUCCACUGCCUCUUAGUCACGAAUCCGCACACAGAUGCCUGGAAGAGCCAAGGGUUGGCGGAGGUGGCCAGUUACUGCGCCGAGAGCCGUGACAAGAAUCAGUGGGUGCCAUAUGUCUGUCUGCAGGAGCGCUGAGCUGGCCCAGCCUAUGCCUGGCUCCGUACCUGGAGGAAGAGAAAAAAAUAAAAUGGCAGGAAAAGGCAGGAGAGGAGAUAUGGCCAGUUAAAAAACACAAACCAAAAAACCCACCGAUUUUAUUUUUUCUUUUUAACCGGAGAGGAGAAAGGAGCAGCCCGGCCACACCGGUGGGCGUGGGAAGGAGUUGAGCGGUGGCUGUGCUGUGCCGGCAGCCCGGUGGGGAUGCUGGCUGGAGCAUGCCAGAGCCAUGCUGAGGAGCCGUGCUUGCCCACGGGGACUGUGGGACCGUGCCGAGGAGCCCCGGGAUGGGCACGGCGGAGCGUGGGGAGGAGAUGGACUGCUUUGUUUCUUUUUGGCAUUUGUGACUUGACAGAGGCAAGGACUGUGCAGUGAUGGAUUUUUGCAAAGGAACUGCUUUUUCCAAGGGAUAAAUUACUGUCUGCAGUGAUGGACCUGUGACACCAGUUUUUUGCACUUGAGCUACUUGGAGACCCUGAUCUGAAUUUAUUCCAGAGUCUAUUCUUGUACUGAUUUAAGGAAAAAAAAAUAGUUAUUUGCAAUAAAAUAUCUAAAAUCA